CUCAAGAGGCUUUUCAAGAUUUUGGAUUUCCACAGGCUAGAAGCAACGAGAACCAUGACUUUCGUCGCCGUGGCACCACCGUCUUCCGUCGUGGCACCAUAUCCUUCAUGGAUAUUGAAACGCAGCAAUCCAAGAAGAAGAAGCUUCCUCAAUGGCAGAAGAAGUACCUUUAGGAAGCUAAAACUUCCUCCUCGAGCUGCUCUGGUUGAGGCAACGCCUAGCUCCGGCGUGCCGGCGCCAAGAGCUGGAUCAUCUUCCAUCAAGGUCCUUGCACAUCCAGUGAACCGAGCCGAUGACUUGCAGGCCGAGGCCAGAGCCAUGGCGCGUUCGGCCAAUUCUUCUGUCUAUAGCGCUAAGCUUCUAGCCGAGCAAUAUGGAUCCCAACCGUUGAAGGUGGCGGGAAGGACCCUUCAAGUUCUUUCUGCUUUAGGUUCAUUUGCGUUCAAGCUAUUCCUAGACAAAAGCAAUGGAGUUCUUGAUCAAAAUAAAAGACUUCGUGCAGUUGAGCUGAGGACCAUAUUCACGCGGCUGGGACCAACUUUUGUGAAAUUGGGUCAGGGCUUGUCCACCAGGCCUGACCUCUGCCCCCCUGAGUAUCUGGAGGAGCUCGCUGAACUUCAAGAUGGUUUGCCCACGUUUCCUGAUGAAGAGGCCUUUUGUUGCAUAGAAAGGGAAUUAGGACAAUCUCUCGAGUCCAUUUUCUCUUCAAUAUCUCCAUCUCCCAUAGCAGCAGCCAGUUUGGGUCAAGUGUACAAAGCUCGGCUGAAGUACUCUGGGAAACUUGUGGCUGUCAAGGUGCAACGCCCUGGCAUUGAAGAAGCUAUAGGAUUGGACUUCUUUCUGAUAAGAGGCGUAGGAUUUUUCAUAAACAAAUAUGUUGACCUAAUCACCAGUGACGUUGUUGCUCUUAUUGAUGAAUUUGCACGUAGAGUUUUUCAAGAGCUCAACUAUGUGCAGGUUAGUUCUUCAAUCAGUAAGUUCCUGCAGGAGGGACAAAAUGCAAGGAGGUUCAGAAAAUUGUAUGCUGACAAAGAAGAUAUCUUUGUUCCUGAUGUUUUCUGGGACUAUACAAGUGCGAAAGUACUGACAAUGGAGUGGGUAGAUGGAGUCAAACUAAACCAGCAGGAGGCUAUAGAGAGGCAAGGCUUAAAGGUCUUAGAUCUUGUAAACACAGGCAUACAGUGCAGUCUUAGACAGCUACUUGAGUAUGGAUAUUUCCAUGCAGAUCCUCAUCCAGGGAAUCUUUUGGCAACACCUGAUGGAAAGCUUGCUUUUCUUGAUUUUGGCAUGAUGAGUGAAACUCCAGAAGAAGCAAGGUCUGCCAUUAUUGGUCAUGUUGUUCACUUGGUUAACCGGGAUUAUGAAGCAAUGGCUCGUGAUUACUAUGCUCUUGAUUUUUUGGCUCAAGAUGUUGAUGUUUCUCCAAUUGUACCAGCACUACGUGACUUCUUUGAUGAUGCGCUUAAUUAUACUGUGAGCGAGCUUAACUUCAAGACUCUAGUGGAUGGUCUUGGAAAUGUUUUGUAUCAAUAUCCAUUUAAUGUCCCUGCAUACUAUGCUUUAAUAUUGAGGUCUCUCACUGUUCUUGAAGGCUUGGCGCUUUAUGCUGAUCCUAAUUUCAAGGUGCUUGCAGCAUCAUACCCAUAUUUUGCUAAGAGGCUCCUAACAGAUCCAAAUCCCUAUCUUAGAGAUGCUCUUAUUGAGUUGCUUUUCAAGGAUGGGAAGUUCAGGUGGGGUAGACUUGAAAACCUGCUGGAUCAGGGCAGAAAGGACAGAGAUUUCACUGCUCGAGAGGCUUUACAACCUAUCCUAAAGGUAUUAUUGAGUCCAGAGGGCGAAGAGCUCAGGAUUUUGGUUAUCAAAGAAGCAGUUCGUGCGACUGAAGCUUUUACCCUCAGCACUAUAUCUGAUUCAUACAACACCCUUCCUGAUUUUGUGCGAACCCUUAUUCCAAAUGGCAAUGCAAGUGGACCCCUUGUGACAUCAAGUGCUGAAAUGAAAAGCUUGGUAGAACUUAGAGAUCAAGUGCUAAGGGUAUGGAGACUUCUCCAAUCCUCUGAUGAUUUUGAUCCAUCUCUUUUGCUACCUAUAGUACAGGUACUUCAACAGCCAGAGGCACGCAGAAUUGGUGGACGUGUUGUGGGUGGGAUCAGCCAACGUCUUGCAGCACGAUUUUUGCAGCAAGUUCUUCGAACUCAAGCAACAGUUUCUACAUAGACUUUACCUCUCAACAGGUGAUUCUGGGGAUGAAGUACAGAAACAAGACUUUCAGUUUACACAAGAAGCUAAACGAAAAUGAUAUAGUUAGUUGAUUAUUGCCAAAGAAUUGUUUGAUUUUCUUGGUUUUUUACACCUUGAUUUGGUCCACAAAGCUGUAUAUAUUGCUCAUAUUUGUUGAUGCUACUGUAGUAGUGAUGACUAAUCAGGAGGAGCAUCAAGAUGUCAUUAUAUAAUAUAUAGUGAAAUAGCAAUUGUAAAGGCUUCUCAUUCCUUGCCUCA